CUGCUGCACCGCGGUGCUGUGCGGGAGGCGCUCGGAGCGGAGCCCCGAGAAAAGAAGCUUUUUUCCUGUUUCCUUUUCCCACCGCCUCUCUGCAGUGUGGUCAGCGUUUCUAUUCCUUCUGAGGCUGGCAGAGCGCACUCUGCCCAUCCCAUGCAAACCAGGUGAUGUCUCAACAGCCUUAGAGAGAGGGAAUGAAAGCUGUCAUCAAAAGGGACGAGUUAAGGGUUUCCACUUUUGUUUAUUCAAAUAAAGAGAAUGGCAAAGAAUCCUCAUUUUAUGCAAUUUUACUUGUUUGAAAUUGCACUGGAAACCAGUGAUAAAAUCCAAGCCCUCACUCUUACUACUUAAUUCCGUUCUCGUGUUCUGUUUCCUUUUUCUCACCAAAAGGCGACACCAACAGGCAGCCCCUUUGUAGGAGGGAGCUGAACGGACAGCCAGGUGCAGGCAGUGCUCCCAGUGCAGCUGAUGGGCAGCACAGGCACAGGGACUUCAGCUGUGUGAGAGGUGGUACUUGGUGUUUCAAACCACUUCAGCCUGCCAGCAGCAAGGUACUGGUGUUACAAAUGAGACAACCACUCUAAAGCCACCUUGCUUUCUUUCUGGUGUCAUUACUAAGUAACUCGAUUCAAUUGCUCUGUCAUCAAAUUUGCUGAGAUUUAUGGUUGUAGCAAACAGCUUGGAAAUGCUUGGAAUCAAAUUGGUCUUUGGUGGAAUUUUAUUGAAACGUGCAGGUUUGUAUCGCUGGUGGAAAUGAGGAUGUAGUGUAGAACAGUGUGAUCUUCCAGCUUAGUUCAUUUUUCACCAUGUGACAACAGAAUACUUUAGCUGUGAUGGAAGUCUUGUUAUUGUUUGGUUUUGUCUGAAUCUAUAAAAGAAAAAGGUGUAAACGUUCCAUUAAGAAUGGAAAGCAGUGGAAAUCAAACACAGUUUUUUGCCAGGUGCUGACUGCAGGCACAUAGCUGUCACAGAUCACCAUGUCUCUGAUUUGAGUAAGAGGGAACAGAAUUACUUUUAUGGAAGGUGAAUUCUGGAAUUCAGUGUGCAGCUGUCACAGAGCCUGGGCCCUCCUCUUCCUGACCCACCACAGUGUGCCAGAGAAAUGUGCCCGAGAGCGAGUGUAGAUUGCUGACUUCUUGUUGCUGUGGGUGGGUGUGAAACGAGCCUUAUUGCUGUGUUAGUGGCAGGAGAUGAGCUGCUUAGCUGAGUGCUAUCAUUUGGCUACGCACAGGUUUUUUGUAUCUCUUUAAAUGAAUGUUAGCCAAGGAGUGCAUUUAAAAAAUAUGAGAUAUAGAUUCUUUUUCAGGCUGAAGGUGAUCAUGUUUUAUACCAUAACGUUCAUGCGUUAUGCUUUUGAAUUAUGUCACUUCAUUCCACGGUGGGCCCAGCAACUUGGCAGAGCAACCCUGCCAGUAGUGUAGGGCGUACUGCCACCGGGUAAAACGUUUCACACCUGAGAAGUUCAAACCUCCCUUGUCAGGAGAUUCCAUGCAGUCUUCUGUUCCCUGCCUUCUCCUUUGGGCAGAUAUGCUUUCAGCGUCAUCAUUAAGCGUCUGUGUUCCUAAUGCAUGCCUUAGUUAGAUCUUAGUAAAAAUCUGUUGUUUUGAAAUAUCCAUUUUUCCCUAUGAGCUUUCACCCUUUGUUGACUAAAGCCCUCCUUGCGCUUGCUGCUUGCAGAUUUGAUGCUUAAAGUGAGUAGCUAAUGACUGACGUGGAAGGAUGACAUGAAACAGACAUAUGGUGCGGCGGAGGAGCCAUGCAGCUGGGAGAGGGCUGCCCACACUGUGAAUUUGCUGCUCACCAAUGAGUGUCCGUGCCACUUGGCCCCCAUCCUAGCUCUGACACUGCACUCCUGGUGCCACCUCACAGUGCAGCUGACAGAUUCCCUUCCUUCUUUUUGUGUGCGCUUUUAAUUUGAAUGCUAUGCAAACCUGCAAAUAGCAAAAGAAGACGGGUGUUCAACUGGUUAUUCAGGCCAUUGAACUUCUGCACUGACUUUUUUGACCAUCCGAAAAAAUCAAAGGCAUGCGUGUUUGUUUCUUGAAAGAGAAACAUGCUUUUACCUUUUGUAGUCUAGAGGACUACUUGUUUUAAUGAACACAACAAAAAAAACUGCAUUUUCAUUGUGCAGUAGCUCCUGAAAGCUCAAGGCGCCUUUGCAGGUUUGGGAACAAUGGGACACUUGGGGCGCUUGACCUGCCUGCUGUAACGGGUUUGCAGGUAGAUGAAAAGAAGGACACAGCCCCACAGCGGUCUGGGCUGUGCCUCAGCAUCCAGCAGUCUCUUCCUGGAGGGCUUGCUGACUCACCUGCCCUGAAGCAGCCUGCACCCCACCACUUGUCACACUGCAGACCUACCUUCGACCUCUCCUUGUUUGCUCUGUUGGAGUAAACACCUGAGAUUUGCUCAGCAAAUGGCAUAGCUCUGUACUCUGUGACAAAAGCACUUGUGGGUAACAUCUGUGGGCUGCAUUCCACAGAGACACGAGUGGUGACCAUCGUGAGAUGCACGUUAGUGGGAAAGUGCUGCAACAUCCACUUUGCUUUCCAGAGCUGCGAAAUAUAAUCAUGAUGUAAAUGCCAAGGAUGUAAGCAGCAUGAUGAGUAAUUAACAGGACACAAAAUCCUUCCUUAUCCUCCUUUCUGUCCCACUCAGAGUCAUUCUGCACACCCACAAAACUAAUACAAGUGGUGUCAGCUGCAGAAUUGUACUAAUUCCUUACUUUCUUCCUUACACUUCUGUCAGUGUGUGUUCUGUUUGUAACAAAAAGAAUGGAUCUCUUCUUCACGUUUUAGGUUGAAAGUAAUUUUUCUCUCUCUGUGGAAUCACUCCCUGUUUGCAUUCUGAGGUCAGAGUCUGACCCACGCUUUGAAUUUUGUCCUGUCUGCUCUUGGCUCUGGAGGAGGAGGCACAGAGCUCCUCACACCUUCAUGGAUCUGUGCAGGAACUGUGCAAAUCAUUAACUAACGGCAGCUGCAGGAGGAGCUGGUUGCUGAGGGCAAGUGGAGGUCUACUUUCCAUGUUUAUCACCCCGCAUGUGCAGGAAGGAGAGCAGUGCUGCAGCAGGGGCUGUGCAGCCCUGUGUCCCUUCCAGCACCAAGACAUUGCAGAACAGAGAAGUAAAUUCCAGGGGGAGGAGAGGAAGUGGACAGUGGCAGAAAGGAAUGCUGCUCCUAAACUUCCAGACAAAAUCUUAAUGAACAGAUUCUUUGUGUUGUUUAAGAUCCAGAAGUGUUAAUUGUGAUUACAGCUCUGAGGUACAGGUCCUGAGCUGUGGCUGCAGGAACUUGAUGCAAUUGGAAUAUCUAUUCAAAACUUAGUUUCCCCUGAAAUUAUUCCUCUUAUUAUUAUUUAUGGAUUAUGUGAAAACCUAGAAGGAAGCUCUCAAGAGCACACUCCCAUUUAUUAGCACUGGGGAGCUGCAAGUGUGAGCAGCUCCCAGAGAACGCCUGGGAACAGAAGCAGAGAGGGUGAGGCCGUGGUGUGGGACUCAGGCUGCGGGGCAGCCCUGCAACCAAGCUGCUGCUACUUGGAAAAGAACACAGCAGGAAGCAAUGAUUUCUAAGAUACAAGUGCAUGAGUGGUUUUGUGUAUGAUUGAUUUUAUUUCUUUCCCAGAAUUGGAGCUAUAGAGUGAAUAAAGUGAAGCUUUUGUUCCGAAGUGAUUGAUGAGUGGGGCUGCCUGUCUGUUCUAUCACAGGUACUUGCUCCCUGGAAAUACCCUACGUAUUUACUAGAAAUAAUUUCUGCUGGCUAAGAGAAAUCAAUUUGUAUGUGGAGGAAAAUAUCCGAUUAGGUAAAUAUUUUAAAAUAUGGAAAUACAAAUGUUCUCUCAAUAAUCAGAGAAACAAUUUCAUGUCUGUAUUUAAGAUCCUCUACAGAGGUUAUGAAACAAGGAGCUUUCAGGUGAUGGCAAUGCUUACAGCAGAACAGGCUGGGAGUGAAGUGUUGGGAAGUUUUAGCCAAAAGCACGGAGCACCAAACUGUGUCUUUAGGUCAGCACUGUGCCUCUACAUUUGGUAAGGGCGGGUGCCCUGGUGGGAUCGUCUCUCAGAGCUGCAUGGCCUCAUCCUGACCACUCUUUGCUUUCCCCAGUAACAGGAAUUACUACAGACUACAGGGAGGUGAAACAUCCAAGUUGCCAAACCUCUUGCAGUAACUUGGGGGCGUGUUUUAGGAAUCGGAUUCUGCAGUACACCAAGGUGAUGGAAGUGGAUAAAACCCAUUGCAGUGGGUUUUAUCUUGUAUCCUAAUCUGGGUUUCUAGAAGAUGAUCAAACUAGCUUGCGUGGCUUAGGAGCCAGGGACGGUUUGUGCUUGGAAGUGGCUUAGGAGCCAGGGACGGUUUGUGCUUGGAAUGACUGUAGCAUAGAUUGUACCUAAGCAACGGUGCUUGGUAAAUGGGUUUAUGGAAUGCUCGCUUUUGUUCCUUCGAUAUGCUUGUCUGAACACUGUGCCCUAGGUAUGUGAUUUAUAGAGUUGUUUAUAACCGUGGUUUCGGGUUCUGUAUCUAUAUAAGCUCUACUGUAUUUACAAUAAACGAAGCUGUUCACUCAUAUUGAGUUGGUGGGCUUCCCCAGGUUUAUCAGCAGGUUUCCCUGGCCAAGUGGGUUAUUCCCGACAGCCUUCUUUUCCCAGAGGACAGCGGUGACCCUGCUUCUAACUGCUGUGGUCUGAUGUCAGGGUACAUUCAGCAACUGGAGCUCCAAGUUGGCAAAUGGCAGCAGUCACACGACAAGAAGUGCUGGGCCUUUACCGCAAGGUAUUCCGAAUCGCCAAGAAAUGGCAGUCAGCGUCGGGACAGGUGGAAGAAACUGCUGCAGAGAGGGAGUACAUUAUAAAAGAAGCCAAAACAUUGUUCCGAAAAAACAAAGAUGUGGCAGAUCCUAAGCUGAUUAAGCAGUGCAUAGAAGAAUGUGAGGCAAGAAUAGAAAUUGGACUUCACUACAACAUCCCCUACCCAAGACCUAUCCAUCUGCCUCCCAUGGGUCUUACCCAGAAAAAAGGCCGUACGUUUCGACACCAGGAAAAGUUGAGGAAGAUUUCUAAGCCAUUAUACCUGAAAUCCCACGAUGAAAUUUCAUAACCCAUCAUUUCAGCUGUGAUGACUGGGAUUGUAGUGCAGGUGGUUUGUGUGUACAGCUGUGAAUGAAGCUGUUCUGGUCACUUGCUCCCACAUUGCCUGAGGCCUCUCCAAAAAGCCACGGAUGUGAUGCAGACAAUGGCCAGGGCUGGGCUGGUAUUUGCUGCAGUUCAGCCACUGACUGAUCAAUAAAAGUGGCACUUGGCAUGGAAUGAGGUGGGAUACUUCAACAUCAAGACGAAUUACAACAGUUUUUCAAAUCCUCUUAAUCCAUAGAAGGAUUCUUCUGUUGUUUGAGGAUUAUAUAUGCUCAGUUAUGAUUCAGGGCAAGGGUCAGCAAAAAGAAACGUGCUGGUUUCAUAGUACCUUUAUGAUGCAGUGUAUUUUCUAAAGAGACAGUAGCAAAAGGAUGAAAGGGAUUUCUUUUUUUGUAGAUUGCUCAGCAAUAGCCCAGCCUUAGUGUCAACUCCUUUCCCCAUCCUUCAGAGAGUAGGUGGAUGUGAAAUUCCAUGUUUGGAAUUUGCUACGGAGCAAAAAGCAUAACACUGUGUUGGGUUCCUCUUGAAAGUUUUUCUCAUGAAAAACUUUCCCCUCAGGGUAUCGCCACUGGUGAAGCUUAAGCUAGUUGUGGAAUCUCUGCAUUUUCACGUGGUGAGCCUGCCAACAAAACUAGCACCUCAGCCUUCUCAGCAGAUACUGCAGCGUCAGGUUUUAAACUAACAUUGCAGACAGAAUCACAUCUUUAACAGUAAAAGAAACUGUUCAGUCUCCUAUGUUCAGAGAACACUGACCCUGGUGGUGUUCAAGGAACAUUUGGAUGUUGUGGUGAGGGAUAUGGUUUAGUGAGAGCUAUUAGUGAUAGGUGGAUGGUUGGACUGGAUAAUCCUGCAGGUCUUUUCCAACUUUGGUGUUCCACGAAUGGAAGUGAGAUGGCAGCUUUUUCCCUGGCCGCGAUUACUUUGGCUCUGUUUGAGCCCUCUGCUUCCCAGAUCUCCAGAGGCAAGUUGGCAAAGCCUUCCCUGCUUCAGACUGGGAGUAGUGAUAAGGCCAAGUAGCCCACAAGAGCCACACUGUGCUGGGAGACAUCAUGAGCACAGCCCCCAGCUGCUUGAAGGACGAGAGGCAUGAUCUGCAGCUGCUCCAACCAGAAGGUAGUGGUGGCAACAAAGCACAUUUGCCCAAUGCAGUGUGUAUUAUUUUCUAUUAAUGUAGGCAAAGCUCAAUGAAAUCUCAUUUUCUCAGCUCUCCAACUCCUCCUGAACUCUCCAAGUCCCAACAGAAAGAAGAUGACAGCGAUAUUCUUGUCUGCCUUAAAAAUAGGUUUAAACUGAUGACAUAUGGAACAGAAUGAUGGGUCCCCGCAGGGAAUGUACUUAGAAGAAUGAAAAAUUAUCAUUUCAGGCAGGUGAGAAAGUGCAAGGGAACAAGAAGGAGAGCUGGACAUUGUGACGGGCACUGCCCAGUGUUGGAGGCAGUGCAACAGCCCAGCCCAACUUCUGGCUGCUCUUAAUAGCUCAGCCCACAGAGGUAAAUGUUCCCAGGUUAUUAUUUCCUGGGAAUGCCUCAUGGAAGAGGAACCCUGCACUGAACAUGUAGAACUGUUGUUCUGCCUGUCCGUGUGGGCUCUGCCAAUUCCUACUGCCAGGAAAACACAGAAUAGAACUCCCUUCAUUUAGGAAGAGGGAGAUGAUGGAAGUCAGAGACAGCAAGAAAUAAUAUGAUUAUACACUGCUUCAUCCUUCAGAAACACUAUUCUCCUGUUCUUAGUUCUGAUAUAUCAGUGUAGGGAGAUAUUAGCUGAGCAAACCAAAAUCACAGAAUCAUAGACUCACCAAGGCUGGAAAUGGUGGAGAGAGAAGGAUUUUGAAUGGAAGCUUAGGCACGUUCUUUGUCAUGAAAUUAUGGCUCGUAUCUUUUUUUAACAAUUCGUAUGGCUAACAAAGUGUGACUCAGCAGGCAAAUAAAUGGUCAUGUAAACGAGCACUCUGAAUUUUCUGUGUUACAGUCACAACUCUUUCCUGAGUGAGCAUCCAUCCCCAAAAUUGCAGACUACUUACAUCAAAUGGAAGUCACAGUAUGAGUUUAGUUCUGAGGGGAAGGAGAACCAGCCUCAAAAGUGCUGUGCUGGGGAGGUCAGAGGAGGCAGAUUUCUCAGCCAGCGCUUGUAGUAACUUCCAAGGGCCAUGCAAAUACUGUGAAUACUGUAAUGUGUACUGUUCCUACACAUUAAUUUUAAUUGCAGGAAGAUGUCCUAAAAUGCCUCCUAGUUCCUCAGAGUCUGUGAUGCACUGGAUUCCUGCACUUCUUCAACUCUCCCUUACUCUCCUUCCAGUAAAUUCUGCCUGUUCCCUGUGCAUCACUCUACUUGGAGGGUCUGAAAGCAGUUUAGAAUAACAACUGUCAGGUUCACUUGAUAUUAUUUCUGAAGGAAAGCUGAGCCAGCUGUCUGGGCAACUGCAGGUGAACAGGUCGGCAGCACAGGUGUGGUUUGUGCAUACAACAUCUGGCCUGGAAUAUCUGAGUGUCUUCUUCCUGGAAAUCCUCACUCCACCAAGAGAAAGGUUUCAGAUAGCCAAGGACUUAGGAGACCAGCCUGAGCACUAACGUUAGCAACGAAGCACAUCAGUGCAUCUGAGACGUGGCACCCGCUUACCUGGUGUGCCCAAGUUGCAUUUCUAGGGGAGAAAAAACUCUCCUUACACUGUGGCAGUGAUACGAUCUGUUCCAAGGGAAGUGUCACAGCAGUGAGAAGGAAUAAGUCAUCUGAUGUAUCCUAGUGAUGCAUGUUUGCUGCUGUAACACACUUAGAUCCUGUUUAUGGCCCCACUGCCUAUCUGUCAGAACUGAUACCAGUAAUGUUCAUCUUUUAUCCACAGACAGAAUGCCACUUAUCUGAUAAUCCUGUAUUUUCAGGUUCCGAAGUAUGAAUUACAGGAGGGACCUUCAAGAUCUGCACCUGUCACUAAUAUUUCUAAUUAUCCAAAUAUUCUAGCUUACAGGAGCUUGUCAGAAGAACCUGGGGCCUUUUUGCCUUCUCAUUGUAUCAUUUUCUCUUUUCGUAACCCAACAAGUAUAGAAUCAGAGGCAGUACUUUCUACUUCUGAAACAUCUUUUUGUACAGAAAAGGUAUAAGAAAAAGUUUGGUCUCCUGAGAAAACAUUCUGGCCCUGCCUGUUCAGCAUCCCUCACUGAACUUCCCUCUGAUGUUUUUGAGGAAGGAAUGCUUUUGUUCUGUAAUGCCUGUAUACAGUAUUCCCUUAUCUGCCUUGAGUUAUUAGUAAGGCUGAGAAUUUAGAUUUUCAAAAAUACAGAUAUUUUCCUCUUCUGGUUUGUAAUAAGAGUUUCAAAUUGAGAAAUACUAAGCCUGCAGAGCUAGAUAUUCUGCUACUGCCAUUACAUGGAAUUUCAGCUGUCCACCUUCUUUCCCAUUUUCAUAAUGGAAUUAAAGUGAGUCCAACUAA